AUGUCUCUCAAGCGCAAAGCCUCCUUCUCAGCUGCCCUCCCCUCCAGCCCAUUGACUCCAGUCAAUGAAUGGCCUGCCGCAGUCGACACGACCAAGCAUCUCCACAGCCGGACGCGCAAACGCUUCCGCAACGACCGUCCCAAUGACGCCCUGGUGUACCAAAACACCCUUCGCUGGAUCUUCUCUGCCCAGCAGCAACGGGCCAACCCAAUGCCAACACCCGAUCCCGAAGCAAUGGACUCCGAGCCAUCCCCCUCCACCCCUUCUGACGCGAUCGACCCGCGCCAGAAAACACUCCUGCAGUUCUUCCGUCCCAACCCGCAGCCAGCAUCGCCGUUCCGGCCCUCUCGUCAAGCUCUGGCGGCGCGUGCCAAUGAGUGCGCGUUGGCGACGGAGGAUGAUCUCGUGCGUCGCCAGGCGUUUGAAAGGUUGCAUUCUGUUGCUAGCUCAAGUGGGAACGAGUCGAACAGCCCGGAAUUCAUGGGCCAGGCUGAUGCUGAUGUGGAGAUGGAUAUGGAUGGUGGGAGUAGCAGCAGUGAUGGAUCCGGGCAGACUCCCAUGACUAUGACUUGCGCUGGGGGUGCCGGGUGGAUGUAA